AUGUAUAUGUCUCCAGGCCAAGACAUGCCCUCCGUUAAUGGCACCACAGACAAUAUGCCGAGGAUGAUGCAGAUGAGUUUCUACUGGGGCACGGAUGCCAUAGUGCUUUUCCGUGGGUGGCCAGACCACGUUGUUGGCAUGUACAUCUUAGCCAUUUUAUUUGUGUUUUUAUUAGCCAUGGCUACUGAGGUUUUAUCAAACCAACCACUCAUUAAACCUGGGACAAGUCCCUUUGUGGGAGGACUCAUUCAAUCUAUUGUUCACCUUUUUCGCAUUAGCUUUGUUUACAUGGUGAUGCUUGCUGUGAUGUCCUUCAAUGGGGGAAUAUUCAUAGCUGCUGUGUUUGGCCACACCUUGGGAUUCUUCAUCGCCAAGUUUCGUGCUCUUGCCCUCGCCAAUAAGGAAGACGACAAAAGGGCUUCCUCCGUUAGAAACAAUGUUUGA